AUUGCGUGCCUAUUCUGGUUCGAGAAGACUUCCAAACUGAAGGCCAUUGAGGAUGGCGUGAUCACACACUAUUCCCUCGUUCCGGAAGCCAUCCCCACGAUUGGAUUCCAGAAAUGGGUGACGACGAUCCUCUCGACCACUCAGGUCAGUCAGAAUGUCAUUCUGCUGGCUCUGUUAUUCAUAUAUCGCCUGAAGAAAGCAAACCCCGGUGUCAGAGGGAAGAAAGGCAGCGAGUAUCGGUUGAUGACCAUUGCGUUGAUGAUGGGGAACAAGUUCCUCGACGAUAAUACGUAUACGAAUAAGACGUGGGCCGAGGUGUCGGGCAUAUCGGUGCAGGAGAUUCACAUCAUGGAAGUCGAGUUCCUGAGCAAUGUUCGCUACAACCUCUUCGUCUCCAAGGAGGAAUGGACUCGAUGGCACUCUAAGCUGGGCCGUUUUGCCGAGUAUUUUGACAAGGCGUCUCGCAUGCCAACCGAGAAUGAAUUCGCUCCGACGACGCCUGUCCAGGUGUCCCCGACUCUGACGCCUGGCUCGGGCCGGAAUGGUCUCCCAUUGUCACCCGCAUCCAAGCUGCCAUCC